CGUUGUUGAUUGUGCACUUUCACCAUGGUGACCAACAUGACAGGGUUUAGUACCACCCCCUACAGUAAGGAAUAAGAAGAGAGAGUUGUCGCCCUUCUACGAGAAAGGAAGGAGAGAAUGGAGAAGAGGGAGUUAACCAAGCAGGCCAAGAUGUUGGCGUUGCUGGAGGCGCAAGAAGCAAAGAAGAAGCAGAUAGAGGAGGAGCUGAAGAAGGAGCAGGAGGAGAAGAUGGCGGCUAUACAAGAGGAGGUGGAGAAAGAAGAAGAAGAAGAAGAAGAAGUACAGGAAGAAGAGCAAUUGGAGAGAAGGAGAGGGGAAGCCAACACAAGCAAAGAAAUCGAGAUUGCAAAGAUUGCACAUGAGUGGGCCGCACAUUUGGAGUUGGGGGAAGACAGGGAGGCCGAGAUGGCCAUACCCCAGCAAGAGAGAGAAGCGACAAGGAGACAAAUUGAGACAGAAAGGGACCCAAUGAGGAGGAAGGCGAAGGAGGAAGAACAGCAAAUGGCAUGGAGAUACCGGCUGUCCCAAGACAGGGUAAGACAAUUGGAAGCGGCGGAAAGUAUAAAGAAGGAUCUGAAAGCGGCAGAAGCCAGGAUGGGGAAGAUUGGGGCCGAAACUGAGAUAGCCACCAAACUCGCUACCCUGACCCAAAGUGUAGAGUCGUUACUAAUUGCGCACCGCGAGCAAAGGCAGUUCAACCACAUUUUCGAAGUAAAGAUAGAUGCAAUGCGAGUUGGGUUCAAGGAUUUUGCGAGUGACAUGAUGAAGUACCUAUUGGUUGAAGUCCAUAAUGCAACUAAUAACACCAGAGAGUUUUGUACCGGCGCCAUUGAAGGCGCCAAGUUAGCGACUCCUUAGGAAGAGGAGUCGGCCCCACCACGCCGUGAGAAAGUUAAGGUUCGUUUUCCCGAACCCUUCAGUGGAAAGAAGGGUGAAGAUUUCGGUAACUGGGAGGCCAGCGUGCACUCCUACUUGUACCUGCAGGGAGUCACGCUUGAGGACCACGUUUUGGUGGCCUUCCAGGCCCUUUGAGACGAGGCGACUAGCUUUGCUAGGUCGCUUGCCCGCGCUGCAAAUUGCGCGAAUGAUAUGGUUACAUAUUCUAGAUCGACACCACUUUCUGAG